UAGUGAAGUUGGUCAGAACAUAAACCGACUUCAGAAUGAUGGGAUGAGAAAAAAUGACAUGGGCUAUCUUUGUAAGGACCAAAAUCCAAAUCACUUAAAUGAGCAGAGAGUUGGUAAUGCCGGAGACAUUUUGAAUCAGAUAGAUGAUUCAAACGAAGACUGAUGUCCAGAUGACACCACCAGAUGCUGAGAUCUUAGGGAAACUAAAGGGGGAAGUAAAAAGAGUUAGUGAAGAAGGAUAUGUUCUUCAGAGUACAAAUGAAGGUUCGGAGAAGCCAUCCACUGCAUUCAAUCAUAGAGAUGUUCCGUCGGUUGAUAUUAAGAGACAUGAAUCUACUCCGAAGAGAAAUCUGGUUUUAAAUCCAUGUUCACGACUCAAGUUGUUUAGGAGUCCAGGAUCAAUCAGCUACAGAAGAUUGCUUCCAUUUCUUAUGGACAUGGAAAAGACUAACUCUGCUGCCAAUAUUGAUAAGGAUUUGAAACAAAAGCAACUGUCACCAGUGACUCCUAAUCAGCAAGAAACACCAAUGGAUAAAUCAAACGGCUUGAAAUUUCAAUCAAAGCAUCAAGUUUGUGAUCCCGAUACUCUACCGACACCACAACUAGUGACAGCUAAUGGCUCAUCUAACGAUGGUGGACAGAAUCUAACUUCUCCAGAGCACGUCCAUGAAUCUCAAAUGCCAAUUGAUUUACAAGAUGAACAUUAUCAGUCAGUGAAAGACGGUGCAAUAUCAAUCAGUGAACUGGAAACACGCCCUGAGAUAAUGAGUUCCGAACAAGAAACAGUCACUGUGUUAUGCCCCAGUACUUGUGAAGCCACUUCCAUAAAAGACGGUGCAAUAUCAGUCAGUGAUUCAUUAUCUUAUAAACCUGAAGAGGAAGGCAUAAGUUCAAGAACAGCAUUAUCUAAUGGUGGGAAGCCACUUCAAGCUAAUAGCUUGUCUCAGAACUCAUCCGAAAUUGCUGCCACAGUUUCUUCAGGUAUUCAUGAAGUUGGUCCCAGAAAAGGAAUCCUUAAAAGAAAUCCACGAGGAUGCAGAGGACUCUGCUCGUGUUUGAAUUGUGCUUCAUUUAGACUCCAUGCAGAGAGAGCAUUUGAGUUCUCUAGAAAUCAGAUGCAAGAUGCUGAAGAAGUAGCCUUAGAUUUGAUGAAGGAACUAUCCAAUUUACGUAAGAUAUUAGAAUUAACAGCUGCUAGUGCAACUAAUCCCAGCAUGAACUUAAAUGAGGUUAAAGAAGCUUGCAGGAGAGCAUCUGAAGCGGAAGGCAUUGCAAGAAACCGCCUCAGUGAAAUGAAUUAUGAUCUCAACAUUCACUCCAGAGUCACAUGCUUUCAGGAACCAAGUGUCACAUUUGCAAAUUACGUUGAAGAAAAAGUCAUUCCGAAAGAAAAGUUUUCAAGCAGCUAGUGUCAGAUCACGAGAAAGAGAGUAAACAAAGAAUUGCAUUCUUUGUGGCUAGGUUAGAUUAGGUUGGAUUAUGGGAACCGUUUGUAUUUGCAGGAGGACUUGGUUGGAUUGACAUCCACGAUGUUUCUAAAUGCACAAGUUUGUGGAACAUGUAUCAAUCCUGUAUCUCGGGACGACAUUGUUAUAGAUUCAGAUUUCUGUAAAACUUCUGUUGUGUGAAUUAGAGUUAUUUGAAUUUUGAGAUACUUUGUAGGGAA